CGUGGAAUGUUGGUACAUUGUUGUUGUUUUGUAGUUAAUUCAGUGCGAGGAUUGAGCGCUGCCCGCCUGCCGCGUUUCUCCGCUUGGAUCAAGCCACCGCGCCGCUUGGAUAGGAAACCUACUCCAACACCUUUACGCAUCCCCGUCAACAUUUAGCAACGUUCACAGAGUGCACAACUGUGUGGUUCAAGUCAGUUUUCUGCAUGCAGGGAAUGACGACUCAUUUCAAGACAAGCAAAGCUUUAAAGGUCAAGAAGGAGACAGGUGAGAAUGCUCCGGCACUCAGUGACGAUGAGUUGGUGGCCAUGUCCGUGCGGGAGCUAAACCAGCACCUGCGAGGACUGACAAAGGAGGAUGUCGUACGACUAAAGCAGCGGCGACGGACCCUGAAGAACCGAGGCUAUGCCGCCAGCUGUCGCAUCAAGCGUGUCACUCAGAAGGAGGAGCUGGAGAGACAAAAGACAGAGCUGCAGCAGGAGGUGGACAAGCUGGCACGAGAGAAUGCCAGCAUGAGGCUGGAGCUGGACGCGCUGCGAGCCAAGUACGAGGCCUUGCAGUGUUUUGCCAGGACUGUAACCCGAGGGCCAAUCUCACCAGGCAAGGUGGCCACCACCAGCGUUAUCACCAUUGUCAAGUCCGCUAACCACAACAACACCAACCAAACCCCAUUCUCAGCUCCUUCCUAGUGCUGACAGGACUGACCUUUCUCUUCUGCUGCCUGGUCUUCGCUGGUUCUUUGCUAUUUGAACCAAGUCAUCCUGUACUGGGAGGAUGCUCAGUGAUUUAUUAGACUGAAGGAUUAGGUGCCAAGCUCUAUGUCACGUUAUGCUGCAUUUAAAGUUCUGUCUCCGUUCGCCUGUCCCUCACACUUAACACUGUCUGCACACUGUUCACCCCCUGUCCUGACCCCCAGCACCGGCAGGGUGUUUGGCCUCUGUGACCCUACCUCUGUGACUGAUGACAGAAAUCUAGUAGACCAUGUCUUUCAUGGGGCGACCAGUCUCAGACAGGUGUAAUACUUGAAGCUGCAGAACAUAAAAUAUAAACCAUUUGACCUUGUGACAUAAAAGCUUUUCUUUCAAACUAUAAGUUAGGCCGUCAAAGCUAUUUCCUUCAAUGAAAAGGCGUAAUCUAUAAUUCAACCAAAUUAGUCUUUAAAUUUACCAGCUUUCAGUUAAAGUAGAAGUUUCUAUAUAAUUUUGGUUUUGGAAGUGACAGAUAAAAUGCCAUCUUAUUUAGCUUAUGAAGCCAUAAAAGGAACAGUUUAAGAAAUAGUAAAGCUAAAGAGUGUGUUUUGUACUGCAUGUUUAAAAAACACAGAGGAUUGUGUUGUCGUAUUUGGAAAGGAACACAAAAUCUAGACCAUGUCUCCAACUAUCUUUGCCCCAAUGAGGAGAUUAAUCGAAAAACUACUUUUUUCUUUGUUUUGGAUUUAAGGGUUAAAUUAGUUAAAGGUGGAUUCUGUUUUGCAAGUUAGUUAACUUCUGAAUGAUUAUUUUAUAGCCCCUUAGCUCAAAGUUACAAGUUUCCUUUAAAAAAAAAAAAAAAAGCAUUAACUGGUUACAAACAUCUUUAUCAACAUGUUACUAAAAGCACUUGGAUGUGUUUAUGAAGCAGAUUGAGAAAAAAUUUGUUACAUAGCACUUAUAACUGUAAAGAUACAGUAAUACUGUAAUGUAUGUGCUUGGGUUUAAAUGUGAGAUGAUGUGGUGGGAUUGUUUAGUAGA